GGCAACAACUUCCACUUAUCAAGUGUCACAAAUAAAUUUCAUAACAAUAUGGAUCGCAAAGCGGAAUUAGAACGUAAAAAGGCCAGAUUGGCCGCUUUGCGUGAAGAGAAGGACAGACGUCGCCGUGAAAAAGAAAUGAAGGAUAUGGAAGAACUUGCUGUACGAAACAAUAAUGAUAAAGAUCAACGCAAGGACUUGGAUGAGAUGCUUUCAUCAUUGGGCGUUGCACCCGUUUCAGAAGUUUUAACUUCUUUGUCUUCAGUGAAUUCAUUAAAUUCAGAUAAUUCUAAUACUCAAACACCCGAUGCCAGUUUACAAACAAAUAUGAAUGGACCCAGUGCUGGCAAAAAGCCCCUAAGCUUGACUGUUUGCAAUGUCCAGACAACUAGCAUUCCACCAAAAGAACCUCUUACAUAUUCUAAGCAAACACAAACACAAAGUACUGGUGGCCAUGAUCGUGAUGUUCUUUCUUGCCACUCCUCACCUCUGUCAGGAUAUAUGGAGGAUUGGUGGAGACCACGCAAAGCUCAUGCUGCGGACUAUUAUGAUGAAUACAAUCUAAAUCCGGGUUUAGAAUGGGAGGAUGAGUUCACAGUGCUUGCAUUUGAUGCCCAAGGAGAUGACGAAGAGAGUUCGAUGCCACAUUUGGAUGGUUUCACCUCGAAAUUGCCGCCUGGCUAUUUGACACAUGGUUUGCCAACGGUGAAGGAUGUUGCCCCAGCCAUUACACCGCUGGAACAAAAGAAGGAGCAAGAGGAAAAGAAGGAGAUCAAAGAACUAUCUGAGGAACAAAAACAAAUGAUUAUUUUGUCGGAGGACUUCCAAAGGUUUGUAUUACGCGCUGGCCGUAUUAUGGAGAGAGCCUUAUCGGAGAAUGUCGAUAUUUAUACGGACUACAUUCGUAUCGGUGACAAUGAGGAGGCCAACGAUGAAAAAUCACAUGCACGUCUAUCGUUGAAUCGUGUGUUCUAUGAUGAUCGCUGGUCGAAAAAUCGUUGCAUUACAUGCAUGGAUUGGUCUUCACAUUUCCCUGAAUUGGUAGUGGCUUCCUAUCACAAUAAUGAGGAAAGUCCCAAUGAACCGGACGGUGUUGUUAUGGUUUGGAAUACCAAAUUCAAAAAACACACACCCGAAGAUGUUUUCCAUUGUCAGAGUGCCGUUAUGUCAACAUGUUUUGCUAAAUUCAAUCCCAAUUUAAUUCUGGGCGGUACCUAUUCCGGUCAAGUUGUACUCUGGGAUAAUCGUGUACAAAAACGUACACCCAUCCAGCGUACACCCUUGAGUGCUGCAGCUCACACCCACCCGGUGUAUUGUCUACAAAUGGUGGGAACACAAAAUGCUCAUAAUGUCAUAUCGAUUUCAUCGGAUGGUAAAUUAUGUUCAUGGAGUUUGGAUAUGUUGUCACAACCUCAGGAUACAAUGGAACUGCAACAGAGUCAAAAGAAAGCCAUAGCCAUAACAUGUAUGGCAUUCCCGGCAAAUGAGAUAAAUAGUUUGGUAAUGGGCAGCGAAGAUGGUUAUGUGUAUUCAGCUUCUCGUCACGGCCUGAGAUCUGGUGUUAAUGAAACAUUCGAAAAGCAUAUCGGUCCGGUAACUGGCAUUUCAACGCAUUACAAUCAAUCAUCACCUGAUUUCAGUCAUUUGUUCCUUACCUCAUCCAUUGAUUGGACAAUCAAGCUGUGGUCAUUGAAGGAUAACAAACCGCUAUAUUCAUUUGAAGAUAAUUCCGAUUAUGUUAUGGAUGUAGCAUGGUCUCCCGUUCAUCCGGCACUGUUUGCUGCUGUCGAUGGUAGCGGUCGUCUAGAUUUAUGGAAUUUAAAUCAAGACACCGAAGUACCAACAGCAUCAGUUGUUGUCGAAAAUGCGCCAGCAUUGAAUCGUGUAUCAUGGAUGCCAAAUGGCCAGCAUGUGUGCGUGGGCGAUGACAGUGGUCGUCUGCAUGUCUACGAUGUGGCUGAUCAUUUGGCACAACCAUCAAGGGAUGAAUGGUCUAGAUUUAAUGCUACACUAAAUGAGCUCAAAAUGAAUCAAAGCGAUGAGGUUUAAAU